CGGCUUCCAGGCAAUGAUGACGAGGAUUGACUCCAUGAGUUGGACGACAUUCGAAUGAGUGAUGCAAUUUUGAAAGUGGUCCCUCCUUCGGUCGAGCACUCUCUGAAAGGCCUCUCUGUGGAUUGUGUGCUCUCGUCUACUCGUGGAAAAUUCGAUGCCUCGGAGUUCCCAUUCUAGGGAUGUCUUUCGGCUGGACGAUUUAUUGUCUAGUAGCGGUGCCCCGAAUCACUAUCACAAAAGGUCGGAGAAAUUUGUGGACCGGGAGGAAGAGGGAAAAAGUACAUGAAAAAUGAGAUCGAAAAGACAUGACUGGUGGGUUUAGGUGAAGCUUUUGGAAGCGAAAAGCGCACAUAUAACGCAAGAGGUAGAGUCCACGCUGUAUCUUGGAUGAAAGGUACGAGAACUUACAUACCAGGUCACAUCAGUGUUGGCAAAGGCGGAAGACGAAGUGUUCCACUACGCACUUGCCCUAAUAGUCUUUGUCUGUUGGUUGGAAACAAUAUAUGACCGACAAGGAAACGGCAGCGGGGUAAUUCCAGAAGUGUUUACUGGCAGGAAUCACUAGAUUUCAUGUCUAAAAUCAUAAGGUAUAUAUUUUGUUUCCUUUCCUUCCGUAAGUAUGUUGCAGCAAGCCGUCGUGAGCCAGUAUUAUCAAACAAGUGGGUGGAUGGAGUAGGCCAAUGCAUUGUGUACGCUCUCAGGAGAACGAAGGACAUUAACUAAUCAAAUAGCAACGUUAUCAGAAGACCCAUCAAGUUGUUUGUGGAUGAAACCAAAAGGGUUAGAUGGGGCUGGACUUUCAUUUAAUCGCAAUGGGAGAUACGUUCUUUCCUUCUGUAUCUGGUAACUCUUACUUUCUCAAUGGCAUGAAGAUUCUCUUCGUGGAAUGACGAGGAAGAGGAAUAGCAACCACAUCAUGUGGGGAAUCAAUAACAAUCCGGAGAUAGAAUAGACAAUCAUUGGACCAUAAAGGAAUGGGAUGAAAAGAUCGUUGUUUACGAAGAACCACGUUGUCACCCGCACCCAUCCUUUCAGAUCAUGAAUGAAUAGAUGGCGGAACUUUGAAAGAAUGUGGAAGGUAGGGAGAGGACUUGGGUGAACAAUAACAACUUUCAUAGUUGAACUACAUCAUGAGCUAGAUUUUGUCAUUUACUACAAAGCUGUAGACGCCUAUUCAUCAAUAUCUGUUCUCUUCUUCUGGUACAUGACCAACGACCCUUGUUUACGAGUAGUAUUACACUCGAUCACAGCCCGUAAAGCAUUUGUGGUGCCCACAUAUAAAGUUGUUGCACCCGAAAGACUUGUAAAUCGUUGAGAUUUCACGUGCAACGUCACCGGUCCGAUGUAAGGUGUGCCUAAAAUACAGCCGGUAUCCCUCGAUAAAAUUACUAUAAAUUUUGGUUUUUUGUAACAUUCA